CGCUGGUUCCCUUCGUUUACUGCGUAGCUCUCGUCUACAUCCACGCAAAUUGCGUUCAGGUUCACUGGCGAGCCUUUUCAGCUGGUUAGCCAAACAUCCAUAGAAAAGAGAUGAGCAGGAAAGCGAGACGAAGAAAACGUGAACAGUUUAUAACAAGUUAGAAAAACAGAGACCCAAGGUCAGCGUAGAAACAUCGAGAGCGGGUGGUUCAACACGCGGCAUUGCUCUCACCCAGGGGUCAAAGCUUCACCUGUUGUGUCACAGGAACAAGCAGCCGGGUUGUCUCUGUGGGACACGUGCACUAAAGCCAGCUAGCUUACGCCUGUGCCACUAAAGUAUUACCUGAGUGUCAGAUGUGGAAAAACCUCCCGACUCUUCCUGUCUGCUGUCAUGUCUGAACCUGAAGCUGGUAUAGCUUCCACGUCCACAAUAGCAUGUUAGCAUAUGGUUAAAUACGGGCCUUUAACCUCAUCCUUCCCAUUAGCAUCUCUGGCCCCUACAAGGGGGUUUACAGUCAUUCGUGGUGGUCCCCCUCACCCCUUCAUCUUUUCAUUUCUCAUUCAUUCACUCAUCCACAUCAGCUCCACCGUACCGUCUCUGCUGACUAAAAUCAGCUACAACCAAGCUGCCUCCGCUCUGAUAGGCUAACUGCUAGGCUUUUGUUUUGGUGGUUAUUUUGGUUGUAUGGAAUCGGCUUAAUCGUGGAGAGGCCAGGCUACCACAAACUGAUGGACUUUGACAAGCGAGGAGUCGGGGGAGGAGGGGGCGGGGGAGGAGGCGGAGGUGGUGGAGGUGGAGGCAAAGGGGAGACAGAGGAUGUGAAGAGGAUGUCUGGGGUGACAGGGAGCCGACCGGGGCACGGACGGGGAGCUGGCUCCAACUCUGGGGUUCUGAUGGUCGGCCCAAACUUCCGGGUUGGAAAGAAGAUUGGCUGUGGGAACUUUGGAGAGCUUCGGCUUGGAAAGAACCUCUACACCAAUGAAUAUGUGGCCAUCAAACUGGAACCAAUUAAGUCACGAGCGCCACAACUCCAUCUAGAAUAUCGCUUCUACAAACAACUGGGAAGUUCAGAGGGUGUACCCCAGGUGUUUUACUUUGGACCAUGUGGUAAAUACAAUGCUAUGGUUCUGGAGCUACUGGGACCCAGCUUAGAAGAUCUGUUUGACCUCUGUGACAGGACUUUCUCUCUAAAGACUGUACUUAUGAUAGCCAUACAGCUGAUAACUCGCAUGGAGUUUGUCCACACCAGAAGCCUGAUCUAUAGAGAUGUGAAACCCGAGAACUUCCUGGUUGGCCGACCGGGUUCCAAGAGGCAGCACACGAUCCACAUCAUCGACUUUGGCCUGGCGAAAGAAUACAUUGACCCAGAGACCAAGAAGCACAUCCCUUACAGAGAACACAAGAGUCUAACUGGCACUGCUAGAUACAUGAGCAUAAAUACACAUCUAGGGAAAGAGCAAAGCCGGCGGGAUGACCUGGAAGCUCUGGGCCACAUGUUCAUGUACUUCCUGCGAGGCAGCUUGCCCUGGCAGGGACUCAAGGCUGACACUCUGAAAGAACGUUAUCAGAAGAUAGGAGACACAAAACGAGACACCCCAAUAGAGGUCCUCUGUGAGAACUUCCCAGAAGAGAUGGCCACCUACUUGCGGUAUGUGCGUCGGCUUGACUUCUUUGAGAAGCCGGACUACGACUAUCUGAGGAAACUCUUCACAGACCUCUUUGACAGAAAUGGAUACGUCUUUGAUUACCAGUACGACUGGACUGGGAAGCCACUGCCCACUCCGAUUGGUCCGGUGGCCAGCGAGACUCCACUUCAGACGAGCAACCGAGAUAAAGCACCACAAACCAAAAACCAGUCUCCAGAGGGGAAAGGCAGCGAGUCCCAGCCCACUCCAGUGACCAAUCGAGAGCUUCUGGGCUCCCAUCUCACUGCUGAUAGGCUGGGCGGGUCUGUCCAGGUGAUGAGUUCAACCAACGGUGAGCUGAAUACGGAUGACCCCACUGCAGGACACUCCAAUGCACCAAUCACAGCCAACCCAGAGGUUGAAGUCGCUGACGAUACCAAGUGCUGCUGUUUCUUCAAGAGGAGGAAGAGGAAAGCUCUCCAGAGACACAAAUGAAGACAAACAAGGGAACCUGUGGCUCUCCUCUUCACAUCUGUUCUUUUUGUUUCUUUCUCUCACCCCUGUCCUCUUCCUCACCUCUGCUAACGGGUGUUAGCUGGUAUACUGGUUUCUACUGGUCUGGACCGAGCAGUGAAGAGAGCGUUUGCUGCCUCUACCAGCAACGAUCCCCUUGUGUAUUUAUGGCCAAAGACUGAAGUGAAACCAGAGCAGCACAGACUGCUGCAGGGAAACAUGUGGCCGUAAGACUACAGCUGAUGGACUGAAAAACAAGUUGGCGACUGGAUUCAGCUGCUUUCCUGGCCGACUGGCUUCUCACUUUCCCCCUUUCCCGUUACUGAGCGGUUCAGAGGAGAGACGAGUGUGUUUGUGAGGAUAUAUGAGAGAGGACUCCAAAUACAAGCGUGCAAUGAGUCACACGUGCACACCCACUGCACACUUUUCUGGAGCUCAUUGCAAAUCGAUUUCAUGGACAAAGAGAUGCAGCUCGCGCAGUCAUUCAAGUUUUUAUUCCUUAGGGUCAAAGGAAGAGCACUGUGAGUGGACUGGACUAUUUCCUGAAAUGGACCAGGCUCGGUGAAUUCCUGAAUCCCUUUCAGAGGAAAAACCCACGACCACCAGAAUCAAAAGUUUAAAAGAAGUUUAUGUAAAAUCGAUGCUUUGUUUCCUGUUUUAAUUUGUAACUAAAAACAGAAAAGACUUCUGUUUUCAUCCUGCUUUCCCAUGAUUUCAGUUGUUCACAAACUUUGUGUUUUGUAGUUUCUAGUGUGUUCCUCAAAAUGUUUUUUUCCUAAAUAACUUUUAAUUUUCUUUUUUUUCUUUCCCCCUCUUCCUCUCUGGGUUGGGGGAUGGGACGUCAGAUAACUCCAUUAAAAAACAACCAAACAACUUUAAA